GAGCCUCUGCUCUGUCACCACUGCACACAAAUCAUUCAGGCAGAAGUGCGGCUGAGAGAAAGGAGCGCAUCUUCUGAAAGAUAAACAAAAGGAUUUUCAAUGCAGUAAAUAUUAUGCAAAUUAGUAAAAUCAAAAUAUCAUGAGAGGAGUUGCAUUUGCUUGGCUUUUCACAGCCCAGUUCCUGGGAUUAAGUGUUUUGUCUCAAGGGUCCAGUCUUGCUUUAUCAGGAUAUCAUCUAUGCAAGAAGUCUGUAGUACUGACGGCCUCCAAGGUUGUCUCCUUUCAGCAGUCUUACACUCAAAAUGUGCCUUGUGGAAGAUUUAUGAUGUUCUCAAUGUGUCAAGUAACACUUUACCAAACAUCAUAUCGAAUUCUUUUAACCAAAACGACGAAAGAAAUUACAACCUGUUGUGAUGGUUAUGUGCAGGCUGGAUCAUAUUGUGUUUUACCCUUGGAAAAAGCUUCAGUGUUCACCUCAAAGCCAGGAAGAUGUCCACAGCAGAAAACGAGUGAGCUCAGUACCUCUUGCCAUUGGGAUACUGACUGCCCUGAUCUCCAAAAAUGCUGUAAAAUAGAAGGAAAAUCUGAGUGCAUGACACCAGUGGCUUUAGCUGAAGAAAACAACUGGCUUUAUAAUGUGACCAUCAAGGUUAAAGUGGUCUCUACUGCACUUGAUAUGAAGUCUAAUCUUGUAAAUCUCACAAGACUGCUGGACUCUUUGGUAACUGGUACUUUGAGCAAUAGGAAUCCAUCUGCGUAUCAUAUUCGCACUUACACCACCGGACAAUUCAACACAGCUUCAGAACUUUUAAUUCAAGUCCGUCAGCACAUGUCACUUGAUGACAUGUACACUCAGCUGGGUAUGUUGGUGGAAAACAUUGAUGAAAUCAUUCAUGUAGAUGUUGAAGAUGUGAAUGAAUGUUCACACACUGAACUGAAAGGAUGUUCUUCAAAUGCAUAUUGUUCCAACACAGUGGGCUCCUAUGACUGUGAAUGUAUUCAUGGGUACACUGAAACAGGGCAGGGUAAAAAAGGAUCAAACUGCAUAGAUGCUGAUGAAUGUAAAACUGGUAAAAACGACUGCAGUCCACAUGCUGAUUGCGAGAAUAUGAUUGGUGGAUACAACUGCAUGUGUAAAAAGGGUUUCAAUGACACAGACCCAGGCUAUCCAGGGAGAAACUGCACAGAUAUAAAUGAAUGUAAAACUGGCAAACACAGUUGUUGUCCUAAUGCGAUCUGUGAGAACACUGAAGGUGGAUACAUUUGUUCUUGUAUGCAUGGAUACAAAGACAUUGACUCCAGUAACCCAGGAAUGAAAUGUGAAGACAUAAAUGAAUGUGAGAGUAUGAACCACACUUGUAGCCCUUUUGCAGUCUGUAAUAAUACAAUCGGAGGAUAUCACUGCUCUUGUAAAAGUGGCUUUACCGAUGAGGAUGCUAACAACCCAGGGAAGUACUGCAAAGAUAUAAAUGAAUGUGAAAUGGGAAACAACACCUGCAGUCCUCAUGCGACUUGUCAAAACAUGAUGGGCGAAUACUCUUGUUCUUGUAAAACUGGCUUCAUUGACAAAGACCCCACUAACCCUGGAAGAAAGUGUGAAGUAAUUAAGGAGUGUAUGUCUGGAGAAAACAUCUGUUGUCCUGGGACAAAUUGCCAGAACGCCAGUGAAGGAAUCAACUGUUCUGAUCCAUUACCAGUGAAAGACUUAACUUUUUUAAACAUCACUAAAUCCAGUUUUCAUGUAACUUGGUCUGCUGAUCCCAAAGUUAGUUACAUAUUUGAGGUGACAUUACUGAAGAACCAGAAGGAAAUUAAUGCAACUAUAACUGCUCUACAAGAAUGGCUUGCUACUGACCUCGAGCCAGGAACACUCUAUACAUUAAGGGUUGUGGCCACACUGUGUGGACGGGCAAGCAAAGUCACAGAAUCAAGUAUAACAACAGGUGGGCAGAUACUUGAAGCAAAAACCAGGAUAACAAAUUUAAGAUUUAAUGAAAGUCUCCUGAACACCAGUAGUCCAGAAUACUAUAAUUUCACUAAUGAAAUUUUGAAAGAGAUAUUGACAUCUCAGCCAAAAGAUAUUCUUGAUUUGAUGACAUCAGGAAAAAUUUCUAUAGUUGUUGAUAAAAUUACCAAUGGAAGCAUUCAAGUGAUUUUCAAAAUUGUGUUUGAAUCAGACAUGAAUGCUACGAUGACGAAUGUAUCCACAUCACUACUCUUAUCUUUGAUGAACAGCACAAAGUAUGAAAUUGACAAUUCCAGCACAGGUGUAAUAGAUUAUGACGAGUGUUCACAAAAUACCCAUGACUGUUCUGCUAAUGCAAUGUGCCUGAAUACUUGGGGGUCUUUUAAGUGUCAGUGUAAAGAAAACUUUCAAGACAUGUACCCAGAGAGUCCUGGAAGAAUCUGUCAAGAUGUAAAUGAAUGUGAAGCAGGAAACCACACAUGCUGUCCAAACGCUGUUUGUGAGAAUACAGUUGGUGGCUACCAGUGCAGUUGUAUAAAUGGCUUCAGAGACGCAAAUUCCAGUAAUCCGGGCAGAUAUUGUGAAGAUAUGAAUGAAUGUGAAUCAGGACACCACACAUGCUGUCUAAAUGCUCUUUGUGAGAAUACAAUUGGUGGCUACCGCUGCAGUUGUAAAAAUGGCUUCAGAGACACAAAUUCCAGUAAUCCAGGCAGACACUGUGAAGAUUUAAAUGAAUGUGAAGCAGGAAACCACACGUGCUGUCCAAAUGCUGUUUGUGAGAAUACAGUUGGUGGCUACCAGUGCAGUUGUAAAAAUGGAUUCAGAGACACAAAUUCCAGUAAUCCAGGCAGAUAUUGUGAAGAUGUAAACGAAUGUGAAACAGGACACCACACAUGCUGUGUCAAUGCUUUUUGUGAGAAUACAGUUGGCAGCUACCGCUGCAGUUGUAAAAAUGGCUUCAGAGACACAAAUUCCAGUAAUCCUGGCAGAUACUGUGAAGAUAUAAACGAAUGUGAAGCAGGAAACCACACAUGCUGUCUCAAUGCUGCUUGUGAGAAUACAGUUGGGGGCUACCGCUGCAGUUGUAAAAAUGGCUUCAAAGACACAAAUUCCAGUAAUCCUGGCAGAUACUGUGAAGGUAGCAGUGGUCCUCAUAUGGGAACCCAGUUUGGACACUUGCGGGGGCGCUUGGGAGAUGGAAUCCAGAAGGGUAGCCCUGCCAGGGUCCCUGGGAAUCGAGAGAGGGCGCUGUCAGGGGAGGAAACUACUUUCCUUAUGACCUGGAAGUGCUCCCCGGAAGACAUGGCAUGGCACUGGAAGCACUCCUGGGUCCAGAAUAAAAGGAAGCCCACUGCCACACAUAGUGGAGUCAGAGACAAGAGGCAGCAGGUGAAACUCAACAGAGUCAUAAUCCAGCAUACAAAUACCAGCAAUACUUGCAGUCCCAAUACCCUGUGUCAGUCUGUGCCUGGUGGAAAAAAUUGUUCAGAUCCUUCUCCUGUGAAUGACCUGCUUAUUCACAACGUUACUUCCUGCUCAUUUUUUGCAACUUGGUCUUCUAAGUUCCUUCUUAACUACACCGUAAAGUUGUUGACUUCUGAACAGGAAGUUCUCUCCUUUGACACCGAUAAGCAGGAGUGGCUAGUGACUGGGCUGAAACCUGGGGCUCUGUAUGUGCUGAGAGUUGUUUCAAAAGUUUGUGCACUUGAAGGCCAAGUCGCUGAAAUGACUGUCCGUACAGCUGGAUUGACACUUGAAGCAACAGCAAGGAUCACAAAUAUGCAAUUUAAAGAAAGCUUUUAUAAUACCAGCAGUACUGACUAUCUGAAAUUUACAGAAGAUAUUCAGAAUGAGAUUCUGAAAUUGCAGUCUGCAGAUAUUCAAGAUCUUGUUGCUAAGGGAAAGAUGAAGAUAAUAAUUACCAGCAUCACCAAUGGAAGCAUAAAGUUGUUUUUCAUAAUAGUGUGUGAUACAGAAGCCUUUGAAAUGGUAAAAAGCAGAGGUUCAGAGCUGGUUUCCUCAUUGGGAAACAGUGCAAACUAUAUAUUUGACAGCAGUGGCCUCAGUAUCACAGACUACGAUGAAUGUGCAAGAAAUGUCCAUGACUGCUCGUCUAAUGCCACCUGCAGAAAUAUCUUAGGAUCAUUUGAAUGUUAUUGCAAAGAAAAUUUCCAAGAUAUGCUUCCAAUGCGACCUGGAAGAAUCUGCAAAGCAUUAACCUCAGAAUUUGCUACUGUGUCUCACACAAGGCAAACUGCCACUUCGGCAUCUACUGCAGCAUUUUCGCAAAGAAGCACAACUUCCACCAUAUCCCCAGAGAUCCAGAAGACUAGUCCACUGUCAGUUACCUGCAUGAGUCAAAACAUAUCAGUGACAGUAACUAAAGCAUUUCUAAAUCAGAAGGCGAUUUCAGAGUCCUCUCUCUACCUUGGAACCCCUCAGUGCAAUGUGAGCAGCAGCAAUGACACACAUGUCAUGCUGAGAACAGCAAAAGGCAUUUGUGGUACAAACAUAACAUACAAUAACACUUACACAAUCUUGAAAACUAUAUUAACAUGUGAAUCUAAUCACAAUGAAGGCAUUCUUGCCAGCACACAUCUUCAAGUUCCUAUUACUUGUAUCUACUACAACCAGUUUCUAAUCUCCUCUGGAUACAGCUCUUCAGGGUUUGAUACAAUCAUAUUAGGCAUUGAAGAAUACGGAAGCUUUUCACCAACUUUACAGAUUCUAAGUGGAAAUAAACCUCUUCUUAAGAAUCAGACGCUCACUCCUGAUGAAGAAGUUUUAAUUGAUGUUUCCUUGAAUUUGGGCCUCCCAAAUGCUAGAAUAGUUCUCAACAGAUGCUGGGCAACACCAUCUGAAAACUUGUCAGAUACAACCUCAUAUGAGUUCAUAAACAACAGCUGCUUAAUCCCCAACCCACACACCACCAUGAUACAAAAUGGAAAGUCAUCAAGAGCCCAAGUUCUGAUGAAAGUGUUCUCAUUUGUGAAAGAAAAUGUAGUAUACCUGCACUGUCAGAUCAUGUUGUGCAUUGAAGAUGUGGGAAAAUCCUGCCAACCGAACUGCAGAUUACGAGCCACAAGGUCAUCUGAAGGUGGUACUAUGAAGUCAGCUAGCAAUGGACCACUUCAGAAAGACGAAACUGGAAGCUCCCUUUCAUCUCCUGAAAGUACAAUUCCCUUCAUUAUCCUGGGUGUGCUGAUGUUCAUUUUCCUUUUGGCAAUGAUUGCAGUUUUCCUCUGCCAGUGCAGAAAACGAAUUGGCCACUACAAUUUCAAUAUGAAACCAGGGGAGAAAAAUUUCAAUUUCCAUGCUUUUGCUGAACGAAAUUCUGUAUAA